CGAUACAAACAUAAGUUGUCAACAACGUCAUUUUCUGUUUUCUUGUGUUUACAAGAAUGAAAGGAACUAAAUUGUCAUUGCAAAAUACAUGAAUUUGGCUGUAAUAUGAACUUAAUUCGGUACGGAUUACUGAAAAUCAUGGUGGAUUAACUUCAUUGGAAUUGGCAGUGGUGUAGUGCUGUGAUAAAAGGAAAGAAGAGGAAAAGCGUUUGCAGGGAAAGAAACGUUGGAAAGAAAGUGAAACUGAUUUUUUUUAGAAAACGUGCACAUAGAUUCGUCGCGCAUUCAUAUAGGUUUUAAAAGCAACUCAGUUAUUUCUUAAGUUUUAAAUAUUAAAUUAUAUUUAAUUGUUUAUGUUUUAAAUUGUGAGUUAAAAUUAAUUAGUAAACCUGUCACUGACGUUAAACCAUGGCAAAAUAGAUAAUUUUUGAAAUGUCAUUUUCUGGGACACGUUCUUAACAUUUCAAUAUGUAGCAUAAAAGUCUUCUUGUUCUUGACCAGACCAAAACCAAUCUUUGUUUAUUUAGAUCUGUAAGUCUAGGUGUUUCAAAAUGGGAAACAUCUUUAAGGGAAGUAAUCGUGCUGGGCCGAAAUACAGGCUCAUUGUGCCAAACCAUAUAGUAGAAGAAGGUAUCAAGUCACCAAACCAUCCAAACAGAAACCACAGAUCAAAUAGAAUCAAAACCACCAAAUAUUCUGUUAUAACAUUUUUACCUAAGAAUUUAUUUGAGCAAUUCCACAGAUUUGCAAAUUUAUACUUUUUGUUUGUUGUGGCGUUGAAUUGGGUGCCACAGGUGCAAGCAUUUGGAAAGGAAAUUGCUAUGAUACCAAUUGUAUUUGUGCUUACUGUGACAGCUGUAAAAGAUGCGUUUGAAGAUUUCAGAAGAUAUAAAUCCGAUAAAAAAGUGAAUAGUAGCAAGUGCAGGGUGUUUGAUAAUACUGAUGAUAAACAUGACUUCCAUCCGAGAGAAUGGUGUGAUAUUCAUGUUGGUGACAUCAUUCACUUAUCGUGCAAUGACAUUAUUCCAGCUGAUAUUGUACUUUUAAAGUCCUCUGAUUCACAAGGGAUUUGUCAUGUUGAGACCAUGAAUCUUGAUGGAGAAACAAAUCUCAAGCAAAGACAGUCGGUUACAGGAAUAAAUUAUGAGAGCCAUGAAUAUAAAGCAUGGAGGUUUAAAUAUACAGUGGAAUGUGAGCAACCAAAUGCAGAAAUAUAUAAAUUCAAUGGAUAUGUGAAACUAUCUGAUGUUGAAGGGGAUAUAACGCCAUUAAACCAGAAUAACAUUUUACUAAGAGGAUGUAUAAUGAGGAAUACAGACUGGAUUGAGGGACUUGUUGUCUAUGCUGGUCAUGAGACCAAGUCGAUGAUGAACAAUCGUAACCCACGUUACAAGCGUAGCAAGCUAGAGAGGGCUUUAAAUCGUGAUGUCAUCUGGUGUGUGAUCAUACUGCUGUUUCUCUGCUUCUUCUGUGCUGCAGGUAGUGCAUUAUGGCUGGGACAAUACGAGGACAGCACUGUCGUACCAUUUAUACCAUUUGAGAGUUCUGAACAGUUCAAUCCAUAUUUUCAGGCAUUCAUUGUGUUCUUCACCUACAUUAUCAUCUUCCAGUCUGUGAUACCAUUACCAUUGUAUGUAUCGCUGGAAAUCAUCAAACUUCUUCAAAUAUACUUCAUUAACCAAGAUUUACACCUUUACUACGAGCCCACAGACAAGCGUGUAGAAUGCCGGGCUCUCAAUAUUACAGAAGAUCUCGGCCAGGUGGAAUAUAUAUUCUCCGAUAAAACUGGCACUCUUACUGAAAACCAGAUGGAGUUCAAGUCAUGCACAAUUGGUGGGAAAAAUUACCCUCAUGUACCAGAGUUUGACGAUGAUAUACAGAGUGAGACUGGGAGCCGUUAUUCUCUUGCCAACAUCAGUCGAAAUAGCUCAGUAAUGGAGAAUUUGAAGUUGGAGACUGAGAUUCAGAGAGAGUUAUCCUGUAUGUGCCUGCGAAGUGUGGGGAGCAUAGAUGUUACAGUGCCUGCUAAUUCUCACAAAAAUCAAGUCCAGGAAUUCUUCCUGCUCAUGGCAAUCUGUAAUACAGUGGUUGUCUCCCUUCACCCUCAUGAAGAUAUUAUGGAUGAUGAAGGAAACAUUGCCAGUAGUUCAAACAGUCUUCACGUACCAACGGUAUCAGCAAAAGUAAAUCUGAACCAGAACCAAUCAGAAAAUGUUUUUAUAGAAAAAUAUACAAAAUUGGCUGAUUCUGAGCACAGGAAAAAACUUCCGCCUUUAAAUCAAGACGGGACUACUCCGAGAGCUAGUAAAAGCUUAUUGCCACCAAUUCACCAUCGUUCAAGCCUAGAUGUUGAUAAAUUUCCUAAAUAUACACAAAGACUCGAAUAUAUGCCAAAAAUAUCUACUCCAACCGGAAGUGUUGCCGGAAGUAUAGCCGGGUCAUCAAUAAGGUCAGAUAUGUCUCGGACACGAUACGAGGCAGAAAGUCCGGAUGAAUUAGCUCUGGUUAGGGCUGCAAGUACUUAUAACUGCUGUCUGAAAGGGAGAACAGCAAAUUCUGUGACAGUAUGGCUGCCAGGGGAAGGUGAAGUAGAGCUCAAAGUUUUACAUAUGUUAUCAUUUGACUCGACCAGAAAGCGAAUGUCUGUGAUAGUAAAACAUCCACUCACCAAAGACAUUAUUCUGUAUACCAAGGGAGCUGACUCUGCUGUUCUUAGUGUACUAUCCAAGAAAUAUAGAGAGGAAGAAGAGUAUAUAAAGAUGAGAAGAAACACAGAGGAACAUAUUCUAGAGUAUGCUAUGCUAGGACUCAGAACAUUAUGCAUGGCUAAAAAGACAAUACCGAAAGCAGAUUAUGAUAAAUGGGCAAAGGCUCAUUUAGAAGCUGAGUCGUCAUUAGAGGAUAGAGAAGAGAAACUGCUGGAUUCUGCGUGUAGAAUAGAGGCUGAUCUCGAACUCCUGGGUGCCACAGGUAUAGAAGACAAGCUGCAGGAAGGUGUACCAGAAACUAUUCACAACCUGCGUAUGGCAGGUAUAAAAGUGUGGGUGUUAACGGGAGAUAAACAAGAAACUGCCAUACAGAUAGCAUACUCCUCACAACUCUUCAAUCCAGAACAACAACUUAUAGUAGUCAAUGCUGAAAAUAAGGAAGCAACGUCGGACUUGAUGAGGCACCACCUGGAGGAGAUUAUCCUCGAGGAGAAAACUCCGCAGGAGACGGAGACUAGCCCUCCAACAAAGAAAAAGGAGUAUGGUCUUGUUAUUGAUGGUAAAACUCUGGCAUUUGCUCUUGAAAAGGACAUGGAAAAAUUGUUUCUUGUUUUGGCGGGAAAAUGUAACUCUGUCAUCUGCUGCAGAUCUAGUCCAAUACAAAAGGGUUUGGUUGUACAUUUAGCGCGUGAAGAACUGAAAGUAUUGACGUUAGCUAUUGGCGAUGGUGCGAAUGAUGUUGCUAUGAUACAGAUGGCAGAUGUUGGUAUCGGUAUUUCUGGUCAGGAAGGCAUGCAGGCAGUCAUGGCCUCGGAUUUCGCCAUUGCACGAUUCCAUUUCCUUGAACGUAUGUUACUCGUUCACGGUCACUGGUGCUAUAGUCGGAUGGCUAGAUUCUCUGCUUUUAUGUUCUACAAAAGUUUGAUAUCUACAAUGAUUUUAUUCUGGUUUAACUUGUAUAGUGGGUACAGUGGAAACACUCAUAUAGACAGUUUAUUCCUCCUAGGACAGCAUGUUCUAUUUACUGCAUUUCCUCCAAUAGUUAAUGGCAUAAUGGAUAAAGAUCUCUUACCAGAGACACUUUUAGCAUUUCCGUCUUUGUAUAAAGUGGGACCGGAAGGGCGGACGUAUACACGGUUAUCAUUUCUCAUAGUGUUUUUAGAUUCAGUCUAUCAGAGUGUUGUUGUGCAUUUUGUAUGCUAUUUUGGUUAUUUUGAGGGUGUUGGUAUAUGGGAGUUUGGUACAACCAUGAUGGUCUCCCUUGUUUUAUCAAUACUCUUUCACCAAGCUAUAGAAACAUAUAGAUGGAUGUGGCCACAGUGGUUGACGUUAAUCCUCAGCUUUGUGUUUUUCUAUUUGUUUGGCAUCAUAAUAGACUCAUUUUUCAUGACAUUUGAUCACCCAAUGACGCCAUAUUGGGUCAUGCAGAACACAAUCUCAAAACCAAUACAUGCUAUCAUCGUGCUGAUCUCCGUGGUAGUAGCUUUGUUGCCAAGAGUAAUUGUACGCUCAGUACAGAUGACAGUGUUCCCAGAUGAGAUCAUGAAGGCGCAGCACUGGGAGAAGUUAAAAGAGGAGGAGGAACAAGAAGACGAAACUCAACCGAACUCUCGCGUAGCUAGUCCAGACUCGGGUUUCGAUAAUCGUAAAGACUCAAAAGACUCAGGUUAUGAUAAUAAAGCCUUAGACAUGAAAAAUGAUGCAUCUGAACAGAAUGGUUUGCCGGAAGUCGGGUAUAAAAAUGGCCGUGUACGUCACCGACAAAAUAGUAAUCAGAGAACCAACGAAAAUCAAGUUGCGGAGACGACCACCUGACGGUGAUCCUGUACACGAGUCAAUGUAGAGAGAAACAACUGCGUAAAAUGCAAACCAAAGACAAUAUCCGCAUCUUUAAUGCCGGGGAAAGAUUGUCAACAGUCGAAAACGAAAAACAGUCUUAUUAUAGUAACGCAGGCCUUUAUUGGCCAUAGAAUGGGUAUAAGUAUGUGCAAACAGUUUGUUUAGUUGUUACGGUCAAGUGUUUUGUUUUUACAUUUUUAUCUUACAGUUUUAAUUAAAUUUUACUUUGGUGCAAAACUUACACAAUAUUAUAUAUGAUCAUGAUAAAUUGUACACAGAUGAAAGCAUGGUCUGUGUGAAGAUGAAAAACCAAGGACCAAAAACUUACUUUAAAAAUAACUUACAUGGGACCACCAAAUAUUUGUGCCUUUUAGACAUUGUUAUCCAACAGUUUUAAGUUAUCAUAAAACUUUUGUUGAAUCAAUUUCCAUCUUUUAGAAACAAAAUUGUUUGGUUAAAUUAUUUAAUAUAAGAAUAAUAUGGCUAAAUGCAAAACUCAAGAUCAAAGAGUUAAAUAAAAAACUUACUUUAUAUUGUGAUAAUUAUUUGCAACAGUAAAGGUUUUAGUGUCUUUUGGACAUACAAAUCAGGUACUUUACAAUAGAGCGCAAACCAUUUUGUAUUUUAUAUUGUCAUAGUUAUGCAAAAUAUAUUUUAAAUUCAUAUAUGCAAGAAGAUAACAUCAUUUUCUGCUCAGCCGACUCUCUUACUAAAUACUGCUGAAUCCAAAUCAAAACUUCUCUGUAAUGAAUUUUUUUUUUCAUUAUUAACCAGGUUUUCCGAAGGAAAAAACUGGUUAUUAGAUUGAGGUAUGUCGGCGGGUGGGCGGAUGGGCGGGCGGGUGUAAACAAUUUCUUCUGUUCGCAACUCCUUGUAAAUUUUUCAACGGAUUUUGACCAAACUUCCAUAGAAGCUUUGUCAUCUAGUGCCCUGGCGCAUAUUGUCGGGGUUUUGCGAUUGGAUAAUAUUUGACCUAAUUACGGCCUUUUGUAUUUUUUCCUUAUACAGAAUUUAUAGUGAACAAUUUCUUCUGUGCGCAUUUCCUCCUACAUUUCUUCACGGAUUUUGACCAAACUUUCACAGAACCUUUGUCACCAAGUGCCCUGGGGCAUAAUGUCGGGGUUUUGCGAUUGGAUAAUAUUUGACCUAAUUAUUGCCCUUUGUUUUUUUUCCUUAUACAAAAUAUAUAGUGAACAAUUUCUUCUGUGCUGAACUCCCUCUACAAUUCUCAACAGAUUUUGUUCAAACUUUCACAGAAGCUUUGUCAUCAAGUGCCCUGGCGCAUAUUGUCAGGGUUUUGUGAUUGGAUAAUAUUUGACCUAAUUAUGGCCUUUUGUUUUUUUUCCUUUUACAGAAUAUAUAGUGAACAAUUUCUAUCGUGCGCAACUUCUCCUACAUUUCUCAACGGAUUUUGACCAAACUUUCACAGAAGCUUUGUUAUCAAGUGCCCUGGCGCAUAUUGUUGGGGUUUUGUGAUUGGAUAAUAUUUGACCUAAUUAUGGCCCU